GCUCGAGUCCCCGCCGCCAACCUCCCCCCCUUGGGAGGAACCAGCCCCCUGCCCCAGGCCCUGGCAGGAGGGGGGCACCCCAGCAUCCUCUACCUGCACACAAGGGGUGUCCCCCCGGGUCUCUGCUUCCCCACAAGGACAGUGGGGGGGGGGGUUCCCUGCUUUCCCACGUAUAGAGUCCCCUGAAGGGGAUCUCAACUUCCCUACAAAGGGGGUGGGGGAUCCCGCUUCCCCACAAGGAGAGUGGGAGGGGGCGUCACUGCUUCCCCAAAGGGCAGCCUGGGGGGGAGAAUCUCUGCAUGUCUACAAGGGUGUGGGGGGAGGGGUCUCUGUUUCCUCCCAAGGGGAGCCCGUGGAGAUCUCUACUUCCUCACAAGGGGAACCCCUGGGACAGUCUCUGCUUCCCCACAAAGGGUAUCCCCUGGGGGGGGAGAAAGGUCUCUGCUUCCCCAAAAGGGGAAUAUGGGUCCCAAGAGGACCCCCCCCAUCUUUGGUUUCAUACAAGGGGAGUCCCCUGGGUGUCUCUGCUUCCUCACAAGGGGAAUCCCUGAGGGGGCUUCUGCUUUCACACAAGGGGAAUCCCCCUCAGAGUGCUUCCCCAUGUCUGUUUGCCACAUAGAGAAGGACUGAGUGUCUCCUCCCUUUCAUACCAAGGGAGUUCCAUAUUCCCAGAGUCUUUGAUUCCAGAACAGGAAACUUCCUAGCAAGAAGGAAUCUGUUACCCUCAACUCCUUUGAAUCCAUCCAGAUUUCCAUUAGCAAAAGGUACCAUUCCUUCUUGCCACAGACUGGCUUCCCUAUUGGAAACUUCUGCUCCUAGCACUCUUCAGAGGGUCCCUCUCUGAAGGGGGGGAAAGUCUGUCCCUUCUCUCUCCAGUGGUUCUAGGUGGAGCCACUAAGUGACUCUACAUCAUUUCAGGACAGUCAAGGAAAAAGAAUGGUACCCAACUCAUGUGCAGUUGACAAUUCUUAGGGCUCAGAAUCUACUGGCCAAAGGACGCUGUGGGUUCAGCAAUGCCUAUGUGAUCAUCCGGCUCCAGAAAGAGAAAUAUAUGACCUCGGUGGUGCGUCACAACCUAAGUCCUGAGUGGAAAGAGGAUUGCAUCCUUCGGUUGCCGGGUAAACUGGAUAUUUUGGAGGAUCCUAACCUCAUCUUAACAGUCAAGCAUCAUUCACAGUGGUUCGCAGACCAGUUCCUGGGCCAGAUAUCCAUUUCUGUGAAGCAGCUUUUCCAAGACAAAACCAAGAGGAACAAUGAGUGGUUCAUCUUGCAGUCCAAAAGCAGGAAGACCAACAAGUAUCUUGGGCGUCUACAGCUCAGUAUUCAGUUCAUGGAGAUUUCAGGCCAGGACAGGGAGCCGGUUUUUCCAAGAGACAGUGGGUCAUGGGCAUCCUUUGGCAAACUGCACAGCAGAUUAAUGAACAAGAGAAGCAAGAUUUAUAAAGCAAAUCCUUUUCCUACGCCCAGUAUUGGCGACUACAGCUAUGUUAGUGAAUCGGAGAAGGCAUCAAUUACUGCCCCUAGCUCUUCAGGAUAUACAUUUCCAGCUAGAGCAUCACCUGUUAUGCUGGCCCUGGAAACAGAUGUCAACACACAAGACAGUACUCAAGGCUUGGGGUUCAAACUUCAUUCCUGCCAAGAGAUAUUCCAGGAUUUAAAUCAAUGCACAGAUGGUAUCAGUUCGAUACCAAAGCAUUCAAGUAGCUAUCCAACCAUGUCACCUUCCUUACUCCGGCUGCCACACCAAGAGGCUCCAGACCUGGCCAGCAAGGCACUUACUCCAUUCAGCAAAAAGAAAUCAAGCCUCCCGAAGGAAAGGGACUGUGAAGACUUUUGGGAGAUGUUUUCAGAAAACUUAGACUGUACAUCCCAGAAUAGUCUACAUACUAACAAGACAUAUUGUUCAUCUGCCCCUUCCUUCUCCCCAGUGCACCAGGUUCCUAAAGAGCCUGCUUCAAAGAAACAGCAAAGUUCGUCAAAGGGCUUCCAUAGUUGUUAUGGUUCAUGUCUUCGUUGUUUCGGUUUAUUCCCUGAUGCAUGACUGUUCCUGCUGUAACAGCCUUUUUACUUACCAGCCUGUGUUUAAAAAAAAAAAAUUGACCCAUAUAUACAUGCUAAACAUGUCUUUAAAAUGCACCAUAUUUCAUGUAGAAGAAAAUGUCAGUUCCUUCCAUCAUCAUCCUACCGCUAUUCAUAGCUGGUACAGGCUUAGUUCUGUACAAAUUCUGGGCUCCUGACUCUUAAGUUAUCCCAUAUUACAGACUUAAGAUGCACAACUACUAAAAAGAGUUUAUUAACUUUCUGUCAGGGUUCUCCUCUCUGACUCCCUCUGUAGGGGAGAGAUCAACUUAAUGAUUUCCCCAAAACACAUUUAAUUCUGUAAUUCAUUUAUUAAGUAGUUAUAGGGUCAGAACACAAUGCUGGUCAUUAAAAGUGCUAAGUGUGUUUGACCUGGCAUUCUAAUACCAUGCAGGGGAAAUAAGUAGAGGGUAUUUUAUGCAUGCACAGCCCUUUUGACUUUAUGAUAGGGAUAUAUAUGUAUAUAUGUAGCCUGCAUGCAUAGAGAUCUAGAGCAUGUUGUCAGAGAGACUAUGGUCCUCAACAGUACUGUUCACGACUUGUGAUUUAAUAAAAAGGAGGACCUUCUCUGAG